CUGACUGAGGUAUACAGUAUUUGGAUUUACUGAUGAUCUUACUUGUAGAGAAUUUCCUAGUUGUCUCUCAUUAGUUUUGUAUAUAUGAUAAUCCUUUAACUCCUAGAUAAGUGAUGAAUGUGGCAGUGGUUACUUUUCUGUGUGUUCUGCCAAGCCACUUGCUCUAAAGUAAACAGCUCAUAAGUGAUUAUGUAUAAAGAAACAUGUUUGCUACUGGAUUCUUUCAGGUGGACUUCUGAGUGGAACUGGUGGACUGUGCGAUCAAAGAGGCUCAUGUAUGUUGUCCUUAUAUUUCUGGUCAUUUUCCACUUCUUUUUUCUCAAGAACUUCUAUAUGGAGACACUUCUGAUCUGGAAGAAACUCCUUGCGAUUCCACUAACACCAGAAACAGCAGACGAGUCCAUCAAUUACACGAGAAAUUCACCCUACAUUACAAAAUGGCGCAACUUUACACAGCGAGAAAUAGCAAGUCUGUCUGUGCUGGGCAGGAGGCUGUUCUUGGAUGAAGAUGUUGGAAGAGAGCAAAAGAGGAAAUUCAUCAUCCUCGCUUGGAAACAAACUGAAGUCGAUGAGGAAAAGUUUAUAAGAGAGUUUGGUGAAGAGAAGCUAGACCCUUUUCGGUUCUGUUCAGUUAAAAACUGUAAACUUGUCAUUGAGGACCAUUACGCUCAUAAGGCAGAUGCCAUCAUUUUCCAGAUGCACAGAACAAAGAGUGCAUCGACAUACCCACGUCGAACUAACUUUCGUCAGCGAUGGAUCUGGUUAACGACUGAAGGCCCCUACCAUACCCUCAAUUUUGCACAAGACAAGGAUAUUUCUCACUAUAAUGGAAUCUUCAAUUGGUCAAUGAGUUACAGAAUGAACAGCGAUGUACCCGUGCCAUAUGGAAGGACUGUCAAAAUGUCAGGCGAAGAAGCUUCUAAUUAUGAAAAGGUGGAUUAUUUUAACAUCAAGGCAAAACUGGCAGCUGCUAUGAUGUCAAACUGCAAUGGAGAAAACAAUCGGACUGCGUAUGUAAAACAACUUCAGAAGUACAUAGAGAUCGAUGUAUAUGGUCCUUGUUUUCAAAUAAAGCAGUGUCAUGGUCACCACAACCGAGACUGUGUCUUGCUACAUGAAUACAAGUUCUUCUUAGCCUUUGAAAACUCCAACUGUAAGGAAUACAUCACUGAAAAGGUGUGGUGGCAGUCUUUCCAGAAGGGGGCCAUACCAGUCGUGAUGGGACCGAAAAUAGAGGACUAUUGGAAGUUCCUUCCUCCCAAUUCUUUCAUCCACGUGGACGAAUUUCAGUCUCCUUAUUAUCUGGCUAAAUACCUCAUGUUCCUUGAGUACAACAAGGCUGAAUUUAUGAAGUACCACGCUUGGCGCUCGCACUACAAAGUACUGAAUGAACACGGCUUUCACGGCGCCCAUUCUUACCAGUACUGCCGCGUGUGUGAGGCCCUCAACUACAACGAUCCAGCACCCAAGGUUUACUAUCACAUGGAACGCACUGUGAAUAAGGACACUCAGUGCUACCCUGCCAAGAAGAAGUUCGGAUGAGAGAGUCCCGCAUUUCAUCAGAUGCUUAAGUCAACCACAAGAAAUACGAGUUCGCUUUCGCUUGUGACUAUAUAAGGGCUGAAGUGAAUUGGGGGGAAAAUGGCAUUUUACUUUCACAAUUACCAAACAUACUGAUUUGUAAAUAGCCUGACCCAGAACAUUAAGUGCUACCUACCAAUUUACCAAACACUGUUGGUUUCUCAUAACUUUGCAAUUUUGGACCAGUUAUACGUAUUAUGAAAAUUUACGCUAUGUACAGAUAUUUCUAACAUGAAGUUUGUAAGUUAUGCUCUGUAAUUUUAAUGUAAUUAUUUCUAUUGAAAUCAUAAAUAAUCCACGUGGCACACAUGCUUUAAUGGAACCCUCUGCGAACCUCAUUCAUAUACUUGAACAUGAUUCCAAAACAGAAUUCUCAGGACAAAUGAGCAACCUUGAGGAACGAGCCAUGAGCUAAAAUAAACAUGUAGUGUUGUGGGCUGCUCACCUAAGUUUGUCCA